CUGAUGGCCUUCCUUUACUCUGGUGAAUGCAAUGAUGUUGUACACUGUGAAAGCACAAAUAUACAUGGCUGUUUCACUGGUUAAAUUUUUCCGCAGAAUGUUGCAAAAUAACCACAGAAACCUCUGUGGCUUAUGUGCACAUGAAACUUGUCGGUUUUGAUUUUCUGUACAGUUUCUUAUGCAAAUCAACUCUAUAUUUGUGAACCAAGCACUGCAGCGCAGAUCACAGACCACGAUCACAGUAUUUUCAUGUCCAGGUGCACCUGUGGUGCACUUGUGACGCACCUGGAUACGGGAUGCAAUCAGAGAGAAUACAUUAUCAUACAUUAGGGGUGGGCAUGUUAGAAGCUGUGAGCAUCAGGGCUAAUCACAUUCACUACUUUCAUCCCCUUUAAACACAGGGCUGUCCCCGCCAGGACACACUGACAGUUUGAAUCCUGCAGAGAAUUUUCCUCACAUAAAUACAGCAGCUUAAAUAUACCACCAAUGAUGUCUCUUAAGUUGAAUUCCCUUUUCUGGACAUGAUGAAUAUCUGACAGUCACAAUGUUUUCAGUGCAUAAUAGUUCACGAUUUAACUUGGCAUCAUAAUGAUCCAUACAUUAAGCAUCUGCGGUUAAAUACAGACAGGGAGAGGAUGAGUAACUCCUGAGGGAGCUAUUAGUGGAGAGAAAAAGUUCUAAUUGGUCUGUGAUUUUUUUUUUUUUUGAACACAAGCGUUCAACCUGCACUGAGCAGGCAGGUAACGGACCGGGCUCAAGAUUUCAGUGCACUACUGGAUUGGCAACAGCACACCUUCUACCACUCCUCCUUCCCCACUGGGACGCAUGGCUUGUCACUAAGAUACCAACCAGUGCAGGCAAAGAAAUAACCUCAGUGUGCCCUAGAAAAAUGCCAGCGAUGUGAGCGCAACCAAGAAAGAGCCCUUUAGUGAGAAAAAAGUGGAACACUGAGAAGCCGGUGUCCAUGUCUUACAACAGGCGUUUUGAAUCUCCACAGCUGGCAGACAGUCACUUGGGAAGGCGGGCCCUACAGUACUACAAUGAGAGAGGGAGAACUGACAGAAGAUUUUGGACUGCACCCUCAUCCAUGAUGUUAUCGCCACGGUAACAUGUGAUUCCUGAAGCAGAGUGUUAUCCGCUUUUACAUCUCAGAAGGUGUCGAGUCCAGGUGGGGUGGUAACCAUGGAGAGACUGUUGCUGUGUGUGAUGCUGGUAGUUGCCAUAGCAGUGCGGGCACAGAUCUGCCCGAAGCGCUGCGUAUGUCAGAUCCUGUCACCCAACCUGGCAACCCUCUGUGCCAAGAAAGGUCUACUGUUUGUACCACCAAACAUUGAUAGGCAUACAGUGGAGCUACGGCUGGCUGACAACUUUGUCACAAGUGUGAAGAGAAAAGAUUUUGCAAACAUGACACGACUGGUGGACCUAACGUUAUCCAGAAACACCAUCUCCUACAUCACACCUCAUGCCUUCACCGAUCUGGAGAACCUCAGAGCUCUACAUCUCAACAGUAACCGGCUGACGAGGAUAGGCAAUGAUACAUUCAGUGGGAUGUCGAAACUCCACCACCUGAUUCUGAACAACAACCAGCUGGUGCUGAUCCACCAGGGAGCAUUCAACGACCUGCUGGCACUGGAAGAAUUGGACCUCAGUUACAAUAACCUGGACUCAAUUCCAUGGGAGGCCAUCCAGAAAAUGACCAGCCUCCAUACAUUGAGUUUAGACCACAACAUGUUGGACUUUAUUCCAGAGGGAACCUUUUCCCUGCUACAGAAGCUCAACCGGCUGGACGUCACCUCCAAUAAACUCCAAAAGUUGCCACCAGACCCUCUUUUUCAGCGAGCACAGGUUCUGGCCACAUCAGGGGUCUUGACCUCCUCGUCUUUUGCGCUGUCAUUCGGUGGAAACCCUCUCCACUGUAACUGCGAGUUACUCUGGCUGCGAAGGCUGAACAGAGAGGACGACCUGGAGACAUGCGCCUCACCCCAGCACCUCUCUGGCCGCUACUUCUGGUCCAUUCCUGAGGAGGAGUUCCUCUGUGAACCCCCGCUCAUCACCAGAUACUCCCAUGAGAUGAGGGUCCUCGAAGGCCAGAGAGUUGCACUCAGGUGUAAGGCAAGAGGUGACCCAGAGCCAGCCAUCCACUGGAUCUCUCCUGAGGGCAAACUGGUAUCGAACUCCUCCAGAACAUUGGUCUACACCAACGGUACUCUGGAUAUCCUCAUCAGUACUGUGAAAGACACUGGCUCCUUCACCUGCAUCUCCUCCAACCCUGCCGGUGAAGCCCACCAAACUGUAGACCUGGCUAUAAUAAAACUCCCACAUAUCUCCAACAACACCAACAACAUCCAGGAGCCUGAUCCAGGAUCAUCUGAUAUUUCCACGUCAACCCGCGGCGGGGCCAAUGGGAGUAACGUGACGGGCGACGUGAAGGGCGGGGUGGAUAAGAGGGUGGUGACAGCCGAGGCCACGUCAUCAACGGCACUAAUCAAGUUCAACUUCCAGAGGAAUAUUCCGGGCAUUCGCAUGUUCCAGAUACAGUACAAUGGGAGCCAGGAUGACUCACUGGUGUAUAGAAUGAUCCCCCCAUCGAGCAAGAACUUCCUGGUCAACAACCUAGCAGCAGGGACCCAGUACGACCUCUGCGUGCUGGCCAUCUAUGACGAUGUCAUCACCUCGCUGACAGCAACCCGUGUGGUCGGCUGUGUGCAAUUCACCACUGAGUCAGAGUACAUGAGGUGUCAUUUUAUGCAGUCUCAGUUCCUCGGUGGGACUAUGAUCAUCAUCAUCGGAGGGAUAAUAGUGGCCUCUGUGCUCGUGUUCAUCAUCAUUCUGAUGAUACGGUACAAGGUGUGUAACCCCGGUGAGGGUGGUAAAGGCGUUUCAAUGUCGAUGACCAACGUUCACUCACAGACCAAUGGGCAGCAGUCGCAGGGAUGCACUGUGACUCCUAGCGCCUCUAAACACGGCUCAAUCGGAUUAGAAGACCACUCAGGAGUCACAAAGAAAAGAAGCGGCGGAGCAGGAGGAGGGGGCAAGGAUACGAUGACUCAGUCGUCCGACUCUUCCCUGCCUGACUGCUCCACAGCCACAUCGGUACUCAGUCAGACUUGGACAGCCAGAAGCCCGACAGGUGGAGCCGAGGAGCGAGAGAAAGCAGGUGAGGAGAGAGGAUCUUUGGCCUCGGAGAGAGCUCAAGCUGGCGUCUUGUCACCCACCGCCUCCGGUUCACUGACCAAGCCAAAGCGCAAGCCUGCUCCGAGUAAGCCAGGCUCGAACGCCUCAGCCACCCCUGAAAAUCUCCCCUCUUCCUCCCCUCGCCCUCCGUCCUCCUCCUCCUCCACCACCUCUUCUGCUCUCCUCACGUCCUCCACCCCUCUGGAGAACCUCAACACCAACCGCAACAACUCCACGUCUCUCAACCAAACCCCACCUCCUUUCACCCCUCCCCCUUUCUCCAGCCCUUUCGCCACCCCGAGCCCUGUCCCCUCCAUCCGAUUCAGAGAGACGCCCAUCCUGCGCCGGGCUCCUCGCGCUUCUUCCUCCUCCUCCACCAAGUACCAGACUCUCCCUGUGGAGGAGGGAGGGAGGAGCAGGGCAAGGAGGAGGUACUCCCUCAGUGAAGGAGGCUCAAAGACUCACUUGUCCCAUCAAGGAGGAGGAGGAGGAGCUCCCAAAUUAGGGCGCAUAAUGCGAAACAAAAGGAGCCAAUCAAUGAGCGGGAUGCUACUCCCCAAAGAAGGGGAUGGAGACUCGGACAAAGGGCGGUGUGACUCUGACUGGAUCUUAGAAAGCACGGUUUAAACUGGAACGAGACAGAGACCAUAAAAUAAACUUUGGUUUAUCCGUUAUUGUUUAUCCUCUAUGAGUGUGUGUCUGAGGUUGUGUGUGUAUGUUCGUUUAAAUUUGUUUAUAAGUGUAUGAAUGAAGGUAAAAGUGUGUUUGUGACAUAUGAAACAGAGCGUGUGUCGUUACUGUUUAGAGUGUGCGUUUUCGGUGUGUAUGUGUGUGUUCAUGUUUGCACUUUUGUUUAUAGGUGUGUGAGAGGAUGAUUGUGUGUUUCUGUGUGAGAGUGUGACUUUUUCUUUUUCAACCAGUUUUUUUUUUCUUUUUUUUUUAUUGUCAUAACUUUUUGCAACAAUUCUUUGUAUUCAGUUUACAGUUUUUUCCACUUUGACAGUUUCCUAUCUGUUUCGCAGUCGGUCAUUCAGCGAGUGGAUAACUUGCCUUGUCACGUUGCGUCCUCGAGUUGUCUCGUUGGUUCCACUUUAUAGCACAAAAGAAAAUAAGACAAUGGGCUCGCCACGUCAUUUCCCAACUCACACUCACCUUAUCUGAAAAUACAACAAAAAGGGAAUUAUUGCAGGAAAAAAAGGAAUUAAGAAAAAAAAACAAUACAAGAACUGAAAAGCACACCAUUCUACGUUCACACGCCCACAGAAAGUGUGUGUCCAUACCGUGG